UUUAGCGCAGAUGAACCUAUAGUACAUCCUUAAGUUUUUAAAUAUGACAACAAAGGACAACAGAAAAAAUAUCAUUGUCCGGUCAUAUUGUUAAUAUGCUGCAUGUGUCAACAGGUUCUAAUCUGAAAUAAAAAGCGGGAGUAAAUUCCAUCGGAAAUAACGAACGUAGCAUUCCGUGCAAGUCUUGCAAGAACAUAGUUACUCGGAUGUCAUGGCCGGUAAUUCAUUAUUAGUGGCAGCAAUAGAUUUUGGAACGACCUAUUCAGGCUGGGCGUUUUCUUUUAAGCAUGAGUUUGAAAGAGAUGCCACCAAAGUGUCAGCAAAAAACUGGACAGGUGGACAACUUGUUUCCCUAAAAGGGCCAACAUGUGCUUUAAUAGAACCUGAUGGUGUAACACUUCACAGUUUUGGAUAUGAAGCUGAAAGUAAAUAUGCUGACCUCGCGUGUGAUGGCGAGCAUGGCGGGUGGUAUUUUUUCAAGAGAUUUAAAAUGAAUCUUUUUGGACAGGGAUUUGGAAGAAAUCUUAUGUUAGAAGACGCAAGCGGAAGGAAGAAGUUGUUAGCCAAAACAGUAUUUUCUCUGUCAAUUAAAUAUCUAAAAGACGACCUCAUCAAGUUGUCGGAAUCCCGCAUUGCUGGUGGGGGUCUUCAAGAUAAGGACAUUCACUGGGUCCUCACAGUACCCGCUAUCUGGAAUGAUGCUGCCAAACAGUUCAUGAGAGAAGCUGCUCAGCAGGCUGGUAUAUCCGAAGACAUGCUUACUAUUGCAUUGGAACCGGAAGCUGCAAGUUUAUAUUGCCGCCAUCUACCUGUGGAAAAAUGUGGAAGUAGUAAAACUUCGUUGGCGACAUUCGGGCCUGGUAAACGGUAUCUGGUUCUUGAUGCAGGAGGUGGAACAGUGGACAUCACUGUUCACGAGGUGAUGAGCGGUGGUCAUCUUAAAGAAUUGGAUAAAGCCAGCGGAGGAGCAUGGGGAGGGGUACAAGUUGACGACGCUUUCUUCCGGUUUUUGAAUGAAAUUGCAGGACCAGGUGCCGAUGUGAUGCCAAUGUUCAGAGACAAAAACAUGGAAGACUACCUUGAAUUGUUUAGGGACUUUGAAGUUAAGAAGCGUGAAAUUGGACCGAAGAAAGACACAAAAAUUACUUUCAGAAUACCUGCAGCCCUAUCUGACACUGUAAUGGAAAUGAGGGACGAACCGUUACAGCACGUGAUAAAGAAGACAGAGUUUUCAAGCAAGGUCAAAUUGAUGGGAGAUAAAUUGCGAGUAGACGCAGCUAUUGUAAAAGGCUUUUUUGAACCUUCCAUUGAAAGCAUUAUUGAGCAUGUGAAAGGUUUGCUACAGAGCAGCAGCAAUAAAGGAGUUGAGGCUAUAGUAAUGGUGGGUGGAUUUUCGGAAUCACCAAUGCUGCAAGAGACAGUGAGAAGUCGCUUUCCUGACUUGAGAAUUAUAGUUCCAGACGAAGCUGGGCUAGCAGUUCUCAAAGGAGCUGUUAUCUAUGGUCAUAGUCCAACAACUAUAUCACAAAGAGUCAGCAAAUACACAUACGGAACUAAUGUCCAAGUAGCUUUUGAUGCAGAUAAGCAUCCAUUAGAGAGAAUGAAACAGACUGAUACUGGAGUCAAAUGUAGAAAUGUAUUCUCGAAAUAAACAGAA